AUGAGUUAAAACAAAACCAAGACUAUCCUAAUCUUAUUUGGGUUGAUAGUCAAAUGUUUAAUUGGGAAAACCGAUUAAGAUGCAACUAUCCUAACUAGUGGAUAAUACGGUUAUUAACUUGAAAAACAAACAAAAUAAGAUAUUCUCAUAUUUAGUGAAAGGAGAUAGAACCAUUUUGACUUAUUCACAAAUAAUGUCUUAAUUAUAUCUAUAGUAUCAUAUUCAUUUAAUAAUCGCAUGAAGAGGCUAUUAUGAGUCUAAAUUAAUAGGACAUACAAAAUGAAUUCAUCAAAUUAUUAACACCACCAUAAAGGCGAACAGUUGAAUAUAAACAUUCAAAAUAUCAUGUUAGGAUCUAAUUUCUUGUUGUCAUUGAGAAAUUAAAAAAAAACAAAACACCUAAAGCAAAAAAAAUUUGGUUUUUAUUUAAAAUCAAUUAAAUUUAAGCAAGGUAUUUUCUAAAAUUUAGAUAUUAAUGAAAUAGAAAACUAAAAUUAACUAAAUAAAAUUUCUAACUGUUUGAGAAAUUGAUUUAUCUCUACGCUAGAUAGGUGAUUUUUUCAACUUUUAACUAAUAGUUUGCUGACCAUAAUUUUUAAUAAAUUACAAACAUUAUUCUGUGUCUAUAUAAAGGAUUUGAGGAACAUUAAAAACACCACAAUCAAUUUUAAAUUCUUUAAAGAGUUAUAUCCUUUUUUGAAGAAGAUAUCUUUAAAUAAGUUAUGAGAAAUCUAAAUUAAUCAAAAGAUUAGGGAACUUCAUUUUUUUGGAAUAUAAAUGAAAAAUAUGUUAAGUUGUUAUACGAUCACUAGUUCAUCUUUAUCUCAAAAUAUGGAGCAAGGAUUUUCUUUUGGUAAUUUUAUGGGGUACUUAAUUACAUCAUUUUGUAUUAAGAAAUUCCUCAUCAGUGUUUCAAAUUAUAAUAAUAUCAUCCCAAAUAUCCAAUCGAAGAAGAAGAAAUAUUAUUCCCAUUAUUUGAAUUUAUUGUGUACACUUGA